GUUAUCGCCAUAUUUGCUUUUCUCUCGGGAAGAAGAAAUAGUGUUUUUCUCUUUUCAUUCACCACAUUAUCUGUUUUAAUUUCACAGCUGUCAUGUUUUGAGUUGAACCAGAGCUGUUAGGAUUAAGAUGAAUGCAUUUGGAUAGUUCAUAAUCCGGAACUGAGACCGGGCAACAGGGCAGAACACACCUGUCGUGCAGCCUUCACAUUGGUUUGAGGUAACCACUUCCUCUUAGAUAUAUUGAGAAAAUAAGCCAGAAAAACCUAACUGUCAAACCAAGGGCCCUCACACGCUGAAAAGAUUUUAUACGAACGCAGUUAGCCUCACAAAAUAUCCACAGCCUCCUCAAGGAAUUCCAAACCCACGUUCUGCUGCAUCAUUCAGAAAUGGUAAAACAUCUCAGCCUUCUGUUUUCCAUCUUGGUCAUCGCCAUACAAACAUUAAACACUGAAGAAGAGCUGAAGGAGACUGGGUUUGGAACUCCACCACCCCGACACGGACUUGCUCUAAUUGAGUGGUAUGUGAAAAAUUGCAUUGACAAUAACAUGGUGGCUCUCUGCAAUCCUGUGGCUGGAGAGUUUGGGUUCCAUGUGUUUCAUAACAGCGGGUUCCUGCUCCCUCCUCUGAAGGACAAACGAACAUAUUCCUACUUCACUAUAGGAAACCUUCACUCCCCACACUCUGAGGAUCUUCCCUAUGAAGUAAGGAAGUACUAUGAUCCAAAUGAUCCAGUGAGCAACAUGGACAGGGUCAUUGUGAAACUCAACAGGAACAAGAACAAAAUCGAAGAGAUCUACAUAUCAGAGCACUAUAAUCCUCCUAGAACUUUUCAUUUAGGAACUUCUCUCAUCGAUGACUUACGAUGGCACCAGAACUCAACGCAGAAGGUUUUCCCAAUAAUCUCUCAAAACAUUUUUAGCUGAGAUGUUCUAUUACAAAAUCACUGUAUAGUAGCUGCCACUAUUUCCCCACAGCAGAUGCCUUUUGCACUUUCAGUUUACUACUUUCAUUUCUUCUUCUUUUUUUCCUUUAUACCAAUAUUAUACCACUUCUCAAUUUCCUUCUCUUCAUCACAUGUCAUGAAACAAUUUAGAAACUUCCUCCAUGAAGUUGAGCAUGGACUUUGAACCUGGGUAAUUGUAUUCCUUAUGUUUAUUAAUGCAAAUGCAACACAAUUUCCCUUAUACAAAAUAAAAAAUUAAGACCUCUGACAAUAAAACGUUAUGCAGCAUUUUUACAAAAUGUAAACAUCAUUAUAAGGGAAAAUAUCCCUUGAAAAAAAAACGUGUUUAUUGUGACGUAAUGAUGGAUGUAAACUGUCUAAACCUCACAUGAUUCAAGAAUUGCAACACAUUCACUAAAUAGCUGGAUAAGCUUUAAAAUGUGAAUGGACAGUUAAAAUCAGGGAAAGGAGUGGACAUUACAAUAGUUAAAUCAAAGAUUUUGAUAUUAGGAUGAAACUAAUGAUGUAAGAAUGUGAACAAAGCAGCGCUGCCACCAAAAACCAGGAGUGUUUAUAGACAUAGCUACUGAAUAGAAAUCAGAAUCUAUAUUCUGAAAUGUGAUUGUGUCAAUUAUAUCUCAUUACUGUCUGUGCUUCUGCAAUUUACAAUACAUGGCCAUAGGACAACAAACCUAUAAUAGUCUUCUUUUUCAUAAGUCAAGAGAUCUAAUAUUAACAGCUGUCAUAAACACACCACAGACCAUUUCUUUGACAAACUCUUUAUGGCACUAGACUGUACAAAUGACACGCAUAAUUGCCUUAGUAUUACUUUGUGUUAAGAUUAGACAAUACUGUAUCAAUGGUGUUAUUUGUAUAAAUAUAUUUAAACUGAAGAAGAGUAUUCAGUAUGUGCAUCUAAACGGUGCUGGUUAGGCUACUACUAGAGUCAAUUAAAUGUCCAUAAAAUAAUUAAAACUGAUCACUCUGCGAUUCUGACGGGAUUAAUGUUCAAUUUACUGCAGCAAGAAGAAAACGCUGUAUUUUCCCCCAUAAUUUCAGAAUUUCGAAUUGCCUGCAUGCUUCCGUAUUAAGGCCCUUUCACACAGAACACGGCAGUCACGAAUGUCAGUUUUCAGAUGUGUGGAAAGCAGCAAAACACAGGCGGUUUCACUGGUGGCGCAGAGGCGCUCUUAGCAGCAUGCGCCACCAAAGAUACAAAUAUUUUAUCUUUUUGCGAGUGGCAGCUGAAUGUGAAUUGAAAUGUAAUUUGAAUGUUAA